UACCUCUUAUUGCAUGGAUGAUUUUAAAAAAGGCGUUUACAACACUGUAAAGUAAAAAUUGCUAACACAAACCCGCUGGGGCAUUUUUUUAAAUAAUAGGCGAAAACCUAUUUGUUAUCUGUUUCCUUUUGUGUUGCACAUAUUAUUAAGCAUAAAAAUAUUUUCCAUCCGUCCAAAAAAGAAGGCUCGAGACGAAGAGGGCGGAACAACGAACGCAGCAUCAUCCUACGGUUGAGCCUUAAAACAAUCGAAGAUGCCCAGCGAAAUAAUUACUCUGCAAUUGGGCCAAUGCGGCAAUCAAAUUGGCUUCGAGUUUUGGAAGCGUUUGUGCUUGGAGCAUGGCAUAUCCCCCAGUGGUGUCCUUGAGGACUUUGCCACCGAUGGCAUGGACCGCAAGGACGUGUUUUUCUAUCAAGCGGACGAUGAUCACUAUAUACCUCGAGCUGUACUGCUGGACUUGGAACCGAGGGUUAUAAACACCAUUAUGGGGUCGGCCUACUCUAAACUUUACAAUCCAGAGAAUGUCUACCUCUCCAAGCAUGGUGGUGGCGCAGGCAACAACUGGGCCUCAGGAUACAGUCAAGGCGACAAGUUGCAGGAGGAGGUGUUUGACAUCAUCGAUCGAGAAGCCGAUGGCAGCGAUUCCCUGGAGGGCUUCAUUCUUUGCCACUCCAUAGCUGGUGGCACUGGCUCGGGAAUGGGGUCCUUCAUAAUGGAGCGCCUAGCGGACCGCUACCCGAAAAAGCUCAUCCAGACAUUCAGCGUGUUCCCCAAUCAGGAUGAAAUCAGUGAUGUGGUUGUGCAGCCUUACAACUCUAUGCUAACGCUCAGGCGGCUAACCAGCGCUGCAGACAGCGUGGUCGUGCUGGACAACACAGCACUUAAUAGAAUUGCGUGCGACAGGCUGCACAUUCAGAAUCCUAGUUUCUCCCAGAUCAACAAUUUAGUGUCCACUAUCAUGAGCGUCAGUACCACGACUUUGCGGUACCCGUCGUACAUGAACAAUAACCUAAUAGGACUCAUGGCUCCCUUGAUCCCGACGCCUCAGCUGCAUUUCCUUAUGACGGGCUACACGCCCUUGACAAGCGAUUCCGACGUCAACAGUCAGCAGACGGUGAAUGUGCGAAAAACAACGGUGUUGGACGUGAUGCGACGACUUCUCCAGCCCAAAAAUAUGAUGGUGUCCACAGGUCCGGACAAGACAAACCAUCAUUGCUACAUAUCCAUAUUGAACAUAAUCCAGGGCGAAGUGGACCCCACACAAGUCCACAAGUCUCUGCAGCGAAUACGCGACCGCAAGAUGGCCCAGUUUAUACCAUGGGGCCCUACUUCUAUCCAGGUGGCCCUGUCCCGAUCCUCACCGUACGUGCAGAGCAAUCACCGCGUAUCCGGAUUGAUGUUGGCGAACCACACCAGCAUCUGCUCCCUAUUUGAGCGAGCUCUCAACCAGUACGACAAGUUGCGCAAGCGAGGCGCUUUCCUUGACCAGUUUCGCCGGGAGGAUAUCUUUAAGGACGACCUCACCGAGCUAGAUGAGUCCAGGGAGACGGUUGAUUGCCUUGUGCAGGAGUAUGAAGCGGCUACCCGACCCGAGUAUCUGCAGUUCUCUGUGAAGCGCGCAUCGGGAGACUCGAAAACAGAUGAAGCUAAGGCCUUAGCUGGUGGCGGCGUCUAAUAAACUUUAAGCUUUCCCGUGCCUUCUGCGUGCCAGGUCCCAGCUCGAAUAUAUUUCCCAAACUAUCUAACUCAACAGACACGGGGUUCAGAAUCCCUCAGUAUUGACUAACAUGUUGUUUGUAGUUGCCAUGUAACGUUACAAGUCUUUGCAUUUUUAAUUUGUUUCUAAUAAAACAAAAAUGAUUUCAAUAAA